AUGCUGGAUGAAGGCGCGGUUGAUGAAGCAUCCUCCGACAGCGACGAAGACGACCAACAAUCCGAACGGCCAUAUAAUGAAUUGCUUCAAUUACUCCAGGCUAAAACAGAUAAAAACGGGCCUGCUCGUAAGAAAAGGAAAACUACUCAUCAGCACGAGAAGGGAAGCGAGCAGGCUCGGAGUAAUGGCAUUGAAGCGAUUGAAGACAGGGAAGCAGACGAAGAGGAAUCGCUCGAUGACGAUUUGGAGCAGCAGGAACCCUCGGACGAAGAAGAUGGAGGUGAAUCGGGAGAUGUUGCCGACAUUCAGGAAGACAGCGGUGAUGAAGAGAAUGAAAACGACCCAUUCGAGAUGCAUUUCUCCACUCCAGAGGAGAACCAAUUGUCCCAAAAGAUCAAGGCUGCAGGGGAAAAUAAAUGGAAGACAACUAGAAGGGAGCUUCCCACCGGGCUGAAACUUCUUCGUUCGAUCCCGGAGCUUGGCCAAACGGACGACGUACCUCUUCUGUCCGCAAUGAAAAGCAUGGCCCAUGUGAAGCUGAAGAAGAAACUCCAGUCGCCCGUGGCGGAGCAUAUCGGAGAGGUCAAUGGAAAUAUUCAACAGGUGGCUCCGUACAUCUUCGACUACCAAGAUGUUUUAUAUGGAUGCAGGACGGCAUCCGAAUCGGGCCAGAUGCGCGACCUGCUUGCCGUCCACGCAGCGAACCACGUACUAAAGACACGGGACCGAGUGCUCAAGAAUAAUACUCGGCUGGCUAAAGAGCAGGAUGCGGACCUCGACCUUCGGGAUCAAGGCUUUACACGACCAAAGGUACUUUACCUCCUGCCGACGAAGCAAGCUUGCGUCCGGGCAGUGAAUUCGAUUACUCGGUUCUUCCAGCCCGAACAACAAGAAAACAGGAAGCGGUUCUUGGAUACGUUCUCUGCGACCGACGACAAAUCCUGGGAGAGCAAGACCGAGGAUUUCCGCGAACUCUUUGGUGGAAAUGACGAUGAUAUGUUCCGACUGGGCCUCAAGUUUACGCGGAAAACCGUCAAGUUUUUCGCGCAGUUUUACACCUCGGACUUGAUUCUCGCCAGUCCCCUCGGCCUACGUACGAUUAUGGAUCAAGCAGAUGCCAAAAAACGGGAUCACGAUUUCCUAUCCUCGAUUGAAGUCGUGAUAGUGGACCAUGCCGAUGCACUCCUCAUGCAAAAUUGGGAGCACGUCAGUUAUAUCCUGCAGCACCUUAAUCUCCAACCCAAAGAAGCACACGGCUGCGACUUCAGCCGGGUCCGAAACUGGUACCUCGACAACCAUGCACAAUACGUGCGACAGUUGAUCUUGUUGUCCUCAUUUGUCACGCCCGAAAUCAACUCGGUGUUUUCAACGCACAUGCACAACGUCUCCGGGAAGGUCAAAAUAACCCCAGUGUACAACGGAGCAAUCUCCGAAGUCCCAUUGCCCGUGUCCGUCAAGCAGACAUUCUCCCGCUUCGACUGCGUUUCCCCAGCGAAGGACCCGGAUGCGCGCUUCAAGCACUUCACAACCACAGUCCUGUCAUCCCUGGUCCGCACCAUCACAUCCAGCCACGGAAAGGGCAGCAGCUCCGCGGCAGGCACGCUGAUUUUGAUCCCCUCCUACCUCGACUUUGUCCGGAUUCGGAACUACUUCGCCACCUCGAUGCAAACCACCAACGUCUCCUUCAGCGCGAUCUCGGAAUACACGGACCCGCGAGACGUCAGUCGUGCGCGCUCGCAUUUCAUGAACGGCCGACAUUCUGUGCUCCUGUACACGGAGCGCCUGCACCACUUCCGCCGCUUUCAAAUCCGCGGUGUCAAGCGAAUCAUCCUGUACGGGGUCCCCGAGAACCCCGUGUUCUGGGGUGAGAUUGUGGGCUUUCUAGGUCUGGAUGCGGCGAGUGUCGUUGAAGCCGCAGAGGGAGGGGUGCGAGCGUUGUUUUCCAAGUGGGAUGCGUUGAAGCUCGAACGGAUUGUCGGGACGCAGAGAGUUGGGAAUAUGAUGAGGGAGAAGGGGGGGGAUACGUUUACAUUUAUGUAG